AUGGAAUAUCUAGGCUACGUCGCUGCCAACAACCCCCCACCCAACUACUAUUUGCGCAGGGCAGCACCGCCGCCUCAGCCACCGCAAAAUCCGACGCCCACGACCGUGACAUCCACCACAGGAACGUUUCCAUUAUCAAGUGGCCAGCCGAAAACCAACUCCAGUAAUAGCUCACGGAGUCGAUCGUCGCACGAGACCGGCCCUCCGGCGUUCCUGGGUGUUACCACUUUCACCCGCCACGAUAAUCAAAGUCACCCCUCGCCUGUGUCUAUACAAGACGACCAGCGCCAGGACAGAUACCGGCAGCCACAACUCCCUCCUCCCUACCAGGCCUCCCCGAUUGGCAAUCGUCACAAGGAGCUACCACCAACACCGGCGCCGUCGGCAUUGAUCGGAGGGCUCGACUUUGAUGUAACAUUGCCGUCACCGCUUCAUACAGCUGUGACUAUAGACGGAGCGACCCAUUUGCUCGCCACCCCAGUGACUUCUUCUACUGUUUUGCCCCUCGACCAUUCGCCUGCCCGGUCGAGCUACCCUUCACAAGCGGUUAGAACUACCCAGUCUAUGAGGAAAGAACACUUACGGAACACGGCCAGCAGCCAUACAGGCGAGGUAAAAUCGGGCAUCAGCAACAAGAGCAGCCACAAUACCAACAACAACGUCAACAACAACAGCAACAACAGCAGGAGGGGCAACUGGAACAACAGCGAGAAUACCGGCGGCAACAACGGCAGAACCAAGAGCAGGACCAAGACCAAAACCAAGACCUAG